UGCACUCAGUGAGGAUCCCCGCACAGAUGGGGCCAAGGGGCCAAGGGUCUCGGCUGCAACCUUUGGCCCCGCUGAGACCAGCCGACCUGUUUUUCCCUCCCUGCUUUUCUUCCAGGAGGGCAUCUUCUGAUGGUUCCAGCCAGAGGCCAAGUCCCAUAGCCAGCGCCCACCCAUCCCCUCCCCUUUCCUCUCCUUUUCCCCUCCCCUCCCUCCUCUUGUGGCUCUUUCCCUCCCCUCCCCUGCACACAUGUUGUGUACCUGUACUCACUAAUGACAGCGUGGAUCCUCCUCCCCAUCAGCCUCUCAGCCUUUUCAAUCACCGGAAUAUGGAUUGUGUAUGCCAUGGCAGUGAUGAACCACCACGUGUGCCCCGUUGAGAACUGGUCCUACAAUGAGUCUUGCUCCGCCGACCCUGCCAAGCAGGGCUACCCCAAAAGCUGCUGCACCUUGGAGGACAUCCCACUGAUCAGUAAAUGUGGCACCUACCCUCCGGAAAGUUGCCUCUUCAGCCUUAUCGGGAACGUUGGAGCUUUCAUGGUGGUGGUCAUCUGUUUCCUGCGCUACGGGCAGCUGAUAGAGCACAGCCACAGCUCCUGGGUGAACACGACGGCCCUGAUCACCGGCUGCACCAAUGCUGCUGGCCUGGUCGUAGUGGGCAAUUUCCAGGUGGACUACGCCAAAUCCCUCCACUACAUUGGCGCCGGGGUGGCCUUCCCAGCUGGCCUGCUCUUUGUCUGCCUCCAGUGCGUCCUCUCCUACCACGUGGCCGCCUCUGCCCUGGACUUCUGGAUGGCACAUCUCCGUGUCUUCCUUACCGCCGUGGCCUUAAUCUCCCUUGUCCUCAGCGGCAUCUUCUUCAUACACGAGAGCUUCCUCCUGCAGCACCUGGCCGCCAUCUGCGAGUGGGCCUUCGUCAUUGACAUCCUGGUCUUCUACGGGACGUUCACCUAUGAGUUUGGGGCCGUGUCCAACGACACCCUGGUGGCUGCCCUCCAGCAUUCGAACAGCCGGGGGGGAGGGUGCAAGUCCCCUGGCGGCAGCAGCACCUCCACCCACCUGAACUGCAACCCGGAGAGCAUCGCCAUGAUCUGAGAGCCGCGGGGGGGGGGGGGGGCGCCCCCCCGUUGCCCACCCGCCUAACCCUGCCGCUCUCGUGGGCCGCCUUUCGGUUUUUCCCCCAAUGGGGGCAGAGGGGCACCUCCUCCCUCCCGCGGAUUUUAGUUUUGUACCAAAAGAUUUUUUUCUUUUUUAAAGUACUGCUGCCAGCUGCACCCCUCUCUGCCACCUGUCGGGGAGGCGACGGCUGCUCCGCGACCAGCAUCAGGCCACCAUCGUUCUGGGAUGGGGCCAAACUCUUCUUGCAGCCCAGCCCACCUCGCCCCACGGGUGCAGCCUGGAUCAGGGCAGCCUUCCUGCCCAUCUUCGCUGCAGGGUCAGAUUCCCUUGCCACCUCGUGGGGGGGGCGUGUGUGGAAGGCAUCUGUGCCAAAGGAGCCUCUGUGGGUUCCAGUGUGCUCUGAAGCAGCGCCGACUCCUGUUUACUAAGGACAAGACAGUUCGGGUGCCUGCAAACAUCAGCCCUUUGAGAACGGUUGCGUUGCACUGCCACCACCACCCCCCGGAUAUCCUUCCAGAGCAACCUAAGGGACCGACAUCUACUGUUUUAAAUAAAUAAAUAAAUACAUGGCACUGCUGUCGUAGAUGGGGGUCAGUGGGGGGGGGGGGGGCAGGCAGGCAGAGGGAUGGAGAGCACCAGCCCUUGUUACGAAGGUAGCCUUCCAAAGGGUCCCGGCAGAACGCAUCAAAAGACGAGGCCUCCCCCAAGGGGAUUUCUCCCGGCGCGCUUCCCACCCACACUCAUGGCACACAUGCUUACGGUCCAGAUUCCCUGGUCCCUCCAACUAACCAGGUAGGAUGAUGGGAAAGGAAGGCUUCUUGUCCUCAGCGCCCCCCCCCAAUGUCUCAGCUGGUCUUGUUUGGGUUCAGACAUUGUGAUAUUUUUUAGGGCUUUUUUAUAUCUCUCUCUACAAAAUGGAUAUAAAAAGAGUUGUAUCAGA